UCUGCGAGAAACCUAACGUUUCUGACGUCAUUGUAUGGCGGACCUCUCAUGGGACAAAUUGCCAUGGUAUCAAGUGAUGGAUUUUUAUCCAUUUUAAUCUGAUGAAAUCCAAGUCGCAGCAAAAUUAAAUAAACGUCAAAUUGGAUAUCGAAACUCCAUCUUUUCUUUGGAUCAGUUUUAUUCCCUACUAUUCCCAGUUAAAUUUUUUAAGACCCGAAACCUUGGAAUCGUAUAGUCCAGCUCGUCAUCCUCCAAGGAUUGAAAUGCAAGAAAUUAACCUCGAGGAGCCUCAAUAGAAGGUCUUGGUGCUGGCUUUGCUACUGUGGUGUACAUAAAUCCUGCUUGAUGAAUCUUGCUUAGCUUCAAUUAUGAUGAGGGGUCAUGCCAAGUGGUCGUGAUGCAGAACAGAACGGCACUGUAUCAAGUAGACACCGGCCAGAGAACUCCAAGGAAGGAGCCCUGUCGGAUGAUUCCGGGAACGCCUUGGGGUUAAAUAGCAUGCAGCAGUCCGAUGAUGGCUCAUCUGAAUUAAGACACAGCCAUCACUCAGAAAGCAAGAAGAAAAAUAAGCGCAAGCAAAGGGAAGCUGAUCGAGAUCGCCCAAGCAAAACCCUUCCAAUUGUUGAAUACUCGGAUGUGAGUUCUGAAGAUCUUUCUGCACCAGAAGCUGGAGAGAUCCAAAGUGAAGACGGAUUUAAUCUAAGUGAAGGGGAAGUAAGUCCUCAAUUACAACUCUCAAUGCGUCACCACAGCGACUCUCAUAGGCACAGCAGCAGCAGCAGUAGCAAACAUCAUAGAGACAGAAAAGCAUCAGACUCAAGAUAUUUGUCACCUUCUCCAAGUGAAGCUCGCCAUACACACAGACGGUCGUCACCUUCUGGAGCCCCCUCUACUCCAUCACCUCCGCCCAAAGGUACGAGACACAAGGAAUCCUCCGAAUCGAGGCAUCGGAAACACAGAGAUAAUUCGCCCUCAUUUCAACACGAAGCUAGUGACUCCCCCCCAGAAUAUCAUUCAAAGAAUGAUAUUCAUGCCAUGCGGCAGAAGGGGAAAAAACAUAAACGAGACCGAAAGCAUGAGAAGACUUCUAGGCAUCCAUCUCCUAGGAAACGAAGAAAGAAAUCGAAACAUCGUUCCCGUGAUUCCAGCCAAGCUGCAACAAGCAGAAAUGUGUCUCCUCCCAGUGCUGCAUCACCAGAUUCUGCUGAUGGCUGGGAGAGAUCGGUAGCACACAAGCAUCAUUCCCGAGACUCAAGUCAAACAGCCAUGAGCAGAAACGUGUCUCCCCCAGGUAUGCCGGGCUCUCCGAGAUCUGCUGCUUGGGAAAGACCUGCCCCUCUUGAGGACAGUAGGCUUUCAUUCAGGGGUACACCUCGUACUCCACCUUUAAAACAGGCCCAUGGUCCAAGCACUUCUCCUGUGUCCCCUCCUUCACGCGGUGCUGGAAGUGACAUGGACAUCGCAAGUGAUGAGCGUGACAGCCCUUCUUACCCUACAGCAAAUCAACGACGUCGUGGCAGUGUAUCAGCCCAGUCCCCUCACACUCCACCUGUCCCAUCCCAGCUGCCUCGUGAAAAUGCUGGUGGCAGGCAGACUCCUCCCAGUCCCAGCCCGAAUCGCCGGCACGUGUCUCCCAACUACAGUCGCCGCUCUAGGAGUCCUGAAGUGAGAACAAGGGAUGGAAGAACUCCAAGUCCUUCUAGAGUAGCACGUCUGCCACCAGAUAAUAAUGUUAAUAGUCAAUCAAUUCGUCAAGAUGAAUGGAGAAGUCCUCCAUUGAUCUCGUCUCCAACUCCAUCUAAAAACAGGUCUAGAAGGUCUGCGAGUCCUCCAAGGAAAUCACGGCGAACCGACAAACGUGAAUUGGAACAAAUUAUUGUUCAUAGACUCAAUGAUAGCCGUCCACUGGAUAGGGAAAGAGAUCGUUUGGAGGAAGAUUCUUAUGAUAGAGAAUCCAAAAGGGAUAGGGACAGAGAGCCUGCAUAUCUUGAUAGAGAAAGAUAUGACAGGGGACCUAGGGAAAAUCGGGAGAGACAGGACAGAUAUGAUAGAUCUGACCGUAGUGAAAGGAAAUCACAUCGGAGAGAUAGGGAUAGAACAAGAUCACACAAACGUUCGAGGAGGUCAAGGAGCCGAUCUCGGUCUCCUCUUCCAUCAAGGGCUCGCAGGUCUAGUCGCUCACCUGUGUCCAGGUCAAGGAGCAGGAGUCCUGCUCGCUGGAGGGCGUCUAGAAGCCGUUCUCCUGCUGGAGCACCAAGAUCUAGGCACUGGAGUGCAUCUCCAAACCGCUCAAGAAGGUCUUCCAGUAGGGGUCAUAAAGUAUCUGGCAAGAGAAGGUCACGGACAAGAAGUCCUGUACGAGGACGCCGCUCGCGAAGCCCUCGAUCACCACCAGGCAGAAGUCGCAUUUCUUCUAGGAGUCCUUUAAGAAGCCCAAGAACUCCAAGAAGUCCCACAUCAGCUACCGCACGCCGUCUUCAAGCAGAGGCAAAGAUUGGUGACACCAGUCUAGUUGCUGAAAUCAUGAAACGAAACAAGGUCGUCAGGCAAUCGGCAUUGAAAUCCUUGGAAGCACUGGGUAAAAAGAAGAAGGCAAAUGACGACGAUGGCGAUAUCACUAUCAUUGAACCUGAUGGAGAUUCCCAGUCUUCUAAGAAUGGUCUAGAAAUGGGGCAUUCUGAUUAUACUGCUCACUCAAGUGAUGUCAACCUCAUACCUGUACCAGUCUGUGACGCAAGUCAACUUCAUCCUGGAAUGAACUAUUCCAUGAUGGACGUGGUGCCGCCUCCAGCGCCACCUCCAGGCUUGUCUGCGUACAUGUACCCUCCUGGACACCCUGGACACCAAAUGGUGCCCAUGAUGCCUCCACCCCAUACAUUCCAAAUGCCGCCUGGAAUGGCUCCAGGCCUAGGAAUGAUCCCCCCACACCCUUCGCACCCCCCGCCCCCGCCGCAGAUGGCGUCGAAGCAGCCGCCUGCUCUGCUUCCGCCAAUGCAGAUGCAGCCGCCGUUGCCCAACAUGUCGACGCCGCCGCCUCCCGUGAGGCCGAUGGGUGUUCCGCCCAUGCCGGGGGCCGUGCCAGGCGCCGUCCCCGGGGCCCUGCCGGGGGCCGCGCCCCUGAUGCUUCCUGGCCAUCCCGGUCACCCUGGUCACCCUGGACAUCCGGGUCACCCAAUUCAUCCCGGUCACCCCGUUCACCCGGGACACCCCGGACACCCGGGACACCCAGGCCACCCUGUGCACAUGCCUCUGCCCGUGCCGCCCCUCAGCGGCCCGCCCCCACACUCCAUUCCAAACGGCGAGGAGCGUGGGGCCCGCGGCGUGGACCGGGUGGACGCCACGGCCAAGUCGGAGACUCCAGUCCGGUCGAAGGCGAAGAGCCUCACCAAGCUGCCCAUGCCUCCUGGCCUCAACCAGAGUGAUUUGGAAACCAUAGAUUCUCCUCCUAGUCGAACUCCAAGCCCGGAACCGGAACCGAAACCUAAAACUCCACCAAAGAAGGGCAUUAAAGAUUUGCCUCUUCCUCCAGUUGUGGGUUCAGAAGAUUUUAGUCCUGACGAAGAUGGACCCCUUACUCCACCUCAACCAACUGGGAUGUCAAAACCAACUGUAGGAAAACCUGCAAAGGGAAAAUUAAAAAGGCCUAAAAUUGUCAACAAGCGACGGCCCUCACGGAGCAGCAUGAUCCCUGCCAUGGGAGGCAAAGACUGGGGCGAACGCUGUGUUGAUAUGUUUGACGUGAUUACACAGAUUGGCGAAGGUACUUACGGUCAGGUGUACAAGGCUAAGGAUAAGAGAACAAAGGAACUUGUUGCUUUAAAGAAAGUUCGUCUUGAAAAUGAGAAGGAAGGUUUCCCCAUCACUGCUGUAAGAGAAAUAAAAAUUCUGCGUCAAUUGAACCACAAAAAUAUUGUUAACUUAAGAGAAAUUGUUACUGACAAACAAGAUGCAUUGGACUUCCGAAAGGACAAAGGGUCAUUCUAUCUAGUUUUUGAGUACAUGGACCACGAUCUCAUGGGCCUUUUGGAAUCAGGCUUUGUAAAUUUUAGUGCUGUCCAUAAUGCUUCCAUUAUGAAGCAGCUGCUGGAUGGAUUAAACUAUUGUCACAAGAAAAAUUUCCUUCACAGGGAUAUCAAGUGCAGUAACAUUCUGAUGAACAACAAAGGGGAAGUGAAGCUGGCAGACUUUGGUUUGGCUAGGUUGUAUAAUGCUGAGAACAGAGAUCGCCCUUAUACUAAUAAGGUUAUUACCCUGUGGUAUCGGCCCCCUGAAUUGUUGUUGGGUGAAGAGAGAUAUGGACCUGCUAUUGAUGUAUGGAGCUGUGGCUGUAUUCUCGGUGAACUCUUCAAUACAAAACCACUUUUCAUGGCAAAUACAGAUUUGAUGCAGCUGGACAAGAUUUCAUAUCUUUGUGGCACACCCACCCCUGCUGUUUGGCCUAAUGUUAUAAAGCUUCCUCUUUGGCACACAGUGAAACCCAAGAAAACGUACAGACGGCGUUUAAGGGAAGAAUUUGAAAAGCAAAUGCCACCUUCUGCUCUAGAUUUGUUAGACCGUAUGUUAGAAUUGGACCCUGAUAGAAGAAUUACAGCAGAGGAUGCUCUGAAAUCAUCUUGGCUGAAGACUGUCCAGCCUGAAAAUAUGCCACCCCCUGACCUUCCAGUAACACAAGACUGCCAUGAAAUGUGGAGUAAGAAAAGACGAAAACAAAUUCGUGAGCAGCAGGAUCCUAGUUCUCAUGUUCCCCAAGGGAAACCUCAAACCUCCAAAGAUAAGCCAACUAAGGCGCCAUUUGAUGACAGCUUAGAACAGGGCGGAUCAAGUAACUCAUUUCCAAUGAAGCAAGCCUUCUAUGACAGUUCCUCCAAAAAUCUUAAGAUGGAGGCUGGCUUUACGUAUCAUGCCUCUAACAAUGAAUUCAACCAUCAAUCAAUGAAUGCAGCAAUUGCUGCAGCGACUGGAAUGAACUCUCCAGCUGCACGUCGAUCAAGGCAAUCCUCACCUUCACGACCCAGUCGCAAUCUACCUUCAUAUUCUCCACCUUUGCCAGAUGAAAAUAUCCUCCCCGAUGUCUCUCUCCAGAAGCAACUCGCUAUCAUUGCUGAUUACGUUGUCAGGAAAUUUCCUGUCAGAGUACAUCAUUUAUUGUCUCUUCACUUUGAGAAUGAGCCGGAUGGAUCAAUAGUGGAACGUCUUCAAUGGAGUUUGAGACAGGCUUUUGAGGUGGCACAAAGUUCCUCUCAAGGUCCAAUGACAUCACAAAGAAAUCUACGAAUCGAACCCAAGUUUGUGGUUUUCAAUGGGCCAACUACAAGUGCACCAAACAAAUUUGGUUCUGGAGCAAACAGUGGGUUUGAUCCCUAUGCUGUUUAUGCUGGUGAUAAUGCUGUAAACCCAAAUGCACCACAAGAAUCUAUCUCAACAGAAACUGUUCGAUCACUACUCGCGACCUUGUUGCUUAAGAACGGAUUCUCUAUGGCUGGUAAUCUGAUUCGACAGUCAAUACCACAGCCAUCUAAGGAUCACCAAGAUCAAGGUAUGAAAUAUUCUUCUGUAAGAUCAACCCCAGGUGCCUUUGACAAGCACACUGGCAACCCUAUUCCAACGCUUCAAUCAGUUUUGUCUAGAGAUAAUGAUGAAAAUAUAUUUGGCGAGUUUAAUACUAAUGCUAGCAAUAUGUGGUGAUAAAAGAAGUAGUAAGAGUAGCAACGUACUAGUUAUAUCUUUCAUACAAAUUUUUCAUGUCAAGUACCAUGUAGAGCCUUAUUGCCAUCAGCUUUUUUUUUUUUUUUUUUUUUUUGUGUAGUUCAAUAGAUAACACCCGUCAUUUUUUGUAGUUUUAUGGCCUUUUGUUUACUUGCUUGUUUAUUCACAUGCUCUGUACAUUUUGGCAGUUGAUAGUGACUAAAUGUAUGCACAAGCUAGCAUAGUAAAAAUGCUGUUCUAUGUGCGUACAAAAUAGUCCUUAUGUUGUGUUUUUGUUAUUUUUUGUUUUGCUGACUGCACAUCAACUUCAGAUUUGUGUGUUUUGUAUAGCCUUUUAUUAGCUGCACAACAGCAUUGUUUUGUAUAAUUUUAUGUUACUUUUAUGUUUCAUUCACUGGUCAAUUUUUCCAUCUGUUGAAUAAUCAUGUUUCUGUUAUCUUUUAAUUAUCACAUGUAGAAGUACAUGCUGCUGUAUUAUGAUAUGUACAUAUAUUUUUUCAUUUUGUCUUUCUUUUUGGAGACUUUCUCAUGUUUCCAGUUUAACCAGAACGUCUCUUAAUAUUUUUAAAAUUUCAUUCUUUUACAUUUUUAAUUUUGAUUUCCUUUUUUUUUAAAGAUUUGUAGCUAUCAAUCAAUUGUUUGUGUGUACAGUAAUUGCUUCUUUCUUCUUGACUCAUGCAUGCCAGUGCCAUUGAAGCAUUGAGUUAAUUUGUUUGUGUGUUAGUAGUUUAGUGUAGGAAACUUUCUUUGACAAUGUAUUUUUAUAUUCACUGAGUGACAACCUGAAAUAAAAGCAUGACAUGCCUCCUA